AUGUCUUAUCGCAAUGAAGUAGCGUCGAAACUGGUCGAAUGCGGCAUCGAUAAUAAUAGCAGAAAUAUCUCCAAGUUAGUGGCUGAUCUAUGGCGAAACGAAUCAGAAGAUGUAAAGCAACAUUAUCGAGAUUUGGCUGAGCAGGAAAAGCUGAAGCAUAAAAAACUGUACCCAGAUUAUAAGUUCAUGCCUAGAAGAAAGCUCCCGGCUGAUUUGCGUCUUCUUUUGUCAUCUUCUACUACAGAGUUCACCUCUGAUAAUCCACCCCGGAAAAAGAUACGGAGGAAUUUGCCACCAGUGAGCGACAGGGUUGAGCCAGUUAAAGUCGCCCGCACUAAACGGAAGUACAAGCGGUCUGCUGUCAAAAACCCCCCACAAAAAAAAGAAGAAAGUACUCGUAACAAACGAAUCAGCAAGAUAUCUGUAGAGAAAUGUACGUCAUUACAGUCAUUGUCUAAGUAUACUACAGAGCCCCUGUUUGCAAAGUACAUUAUGGCAGUCAUACGCGGUGAUGGAAACUUACCGACAGCAGAAAAUGCGAAAUCGCAAACCCCUGGUGGCUCAUUGGCGCACAUGGAUGAACAAGCUCUUGCAUAUGUUGUUUUGGACGACAUACCUGGCUGUACGGAUGUUCAAGACUGUGACUCCCUCGGUCCGAAAUCUCCUGAUAUCAAAAUUGAAUCUGAGCAAUUUCUGGAACAAGCUGCAUUGUCGGUGGACAGCAAUCUAUUUGUGAAUCACGAGGGGAAUGCAAAUGACUGCGCAUGGACCGAGAAAGCUUCAAGCAAUGUAUCCAUUACGCCCGAGAGUAUCUCGUAUCUUUCCUUUGAUACAGACUAUGAAGAGAAAAGGCCAUUUUUGUUCGAUCCUACGCAUAGCAUCAAGAACGAAGUGCUUGAUGUUUCACUUAAGGACUGCCUAAUGGACGAAGGAGCAAAUACUCUUGAUCUGUCCUCGUUAACUGCGUCACCAUCAAACGCCUCAUAUAGCUCUGAGGCUAGUGAUGAAUCAAUAGAUAAAGUCUUGGACAAGUUGUCCACCGUCCCUUUCAUCCAAGAACUUAUCAAGAUUCUUCAUGAUGAGCAAGGAUUACAAGAUUAUUUUAAGAAAUUAUCUUCCAGAGAAGGAAAUGCCUUGAUACCAGAGGUGUCAACCCGACUUUGCGAACUAGCACUGUGUCUUCCACCCGCGUGGUCCUCUGACUGGUACGAAACCGAUCUGUCCCCCAAUCAUACACUUAACAUCAUACCAAACUGUGAUAUAAAAAUUGAACACGACUCGACUAUAUCGCUGGACGAAUAUAUCAAUGUGGACCACAAUUAA